UAAUAUUUAACAGUUAAUUAGUGUAGUACUAAACACAAAUCAGAAAAUGUCGGUUAACUACGAUUUUACCGGUAAGGUAGCUCUGAUAACUGGUUCGAGUUCGGGUAUCGGUGCGGCCACUGCUCAACUGUUUGCCAAAUCGGGUGCCAAUGUUGUAGUAACCGGUCGUAAUGCCGAUCGUGUGGCCAAAGUGGCCAAACAGUGUACAAAUGUAUCACCGAAACAGUUGACUGCACUGGAAGUGGUCGGCGAUGUCAAUCGGGAAGUGGAUCUCAAUAGACUGAUUGAGACAACUGUCCAAACGUUUGGCAAAAUUGAUAUAUUGGUCAACAAUGUCGGAAUGGCACAGGGAGGCGAUCCUACCAGUGCUGACUACUAUGAAAAUUUUCAGAGUGUUAUGCAUACAAACCUGAAUUCAGUAGUAUAUCUAACACACAAAUGUAUCCCAUAUUUGGCCAAAACUCGGGGCAAUAUUAUCAAUAUAUCGAGUAUUGCAUCAAAAGUAUCGUUUAAGGGCAGUUCCCCGUACUGUAUGUCCAAAGUAGCACUGGAUAUGUUUACCAAAUGUAUGGCCGCAGAGUUGGGACCCAAACAUCAUAUCAGAGUUAAUUCAGUCAAUCCCGGUGCUGUACUAACCAAUUUUAUUUCGGCCAAUAUGGGUGUCAGCCGUGAAAUUAAUGAUAAAAUAUUUCGUACAAUGGCUGCCAACUAUCCGGUUGGUAGACCGGGCCAGCCGGAGGACAUUGCCCAAACUGUUGCCUUUCUGGCCAGUGAUACGGCAGCCGGCUUUCUGACCGGUAGUAUUGUUGUGGCCGACGGCGGACAUCUGGCCGCCAAUGUUAGCAGCGUUGAUGAUAUGGAUAAAAUCCAAACUGUAGCUCUGAUAACUGGUUCGAGUUCGGGUAUCGGUGCCGGCAUUGCUGAACUGUUUGCCAAAUCGGGUGCCAAUGUUGUAAUUACUGGACUUGAUUCGGACGGUGUAUCCAAAGUGGCCAAACAAUGUACAAAUGUUUCACCGAAACAGUUGCCAGCACUGGAAGUUGUCGGCGAUUUGACUGUUGAAGAGGAUUGCAAUCGACUGAUUGAUACGACUGUCCAAACGUUUGGCAAAAUUGAUGUAUUGGUCAACAAUGCCGGCAUAAAUAACUCUAAUACUACAGAUAGUUAUCAAAACUAUUUAAACAUUAUGUCUCUUAAUGUGAAUUCAGUGGUAUAUUUGACACACAAAUGUGUCCCAUAUUUGGCCAAAACUCGGGGCAAUGUUAUCAAUAUAUCGAGUGUUGCAUCAAAAAUAGCAGUUGUUUUACUUAAAGAGAGUUAUGCUUAUUGUAUGUCCAAAGCGGCAGUGGAUAUGUUUACCAAAUGUAUGGCCGCAGAGUUGGGACCCAAACAUAUCAGAGUUAAUACAAUCAAUCCCGGUCUUGUAUUGACCAACAUUUUUGUGGCCAAUACGGGUAUUAGUCGCGAAUCAAGCGACCAAUUGCUCAGUAGUAUUGGCAACAGAUAUCCGGUCGGUAGGCCCGGCCAUGUCGAUGACAUUGCCAAUACUGUUGCCUAUUUGGCCAGCGAUGCGGCCAAUUUUAUAACCGGUACGUGUGUGGUGGCCGACGGCGGACAAAUUGCGGCUAACAUACCGUUUGAUUCUGUAACUUAUGAUUUCACCGGAAAGGUAGCUCUGAUAACUGGUUCGAGUUCGGGUAUCGGUGCGGCCACUGCUCAACUGUUUGCCAAAUCGGGUGCCAAUGUUGUGGUUACCGGUCGUAAUGCCGAUCGUGUGGCCAAAGUGGCCAAACAGUGUACAGAUUUGUCACCGAAAAAGUUGACUGCACUGGAAGUUGUCGGCGAUGUUAACAAACAAGUGGAUUGCGAUCGACUUAUUCAGACAACUGUCCAAACGUUUGGCAAAAUUGAUAUAUUGGUCAACAAUGUCGGGUUCGGUGGUAGAGCUGAUGUUACUUCAGUAGAUUUCUAUCAGAAAUUUCAAAAUAUUAUGACAACUAACUUGAAUUCAGUGGUAUAUCUGACCCAUAAAUCUAUUGAACAUUUGGCCAAAACUAAUGGCAAUAUUAUUAACAUAUCGAGUAUUGCGGCAAAAAUUACGGGUAGCGGUCAGUCACCCUAUCAUAUGUCGAAAGCAGCACUGGAUAUGUUUACCAAAUGUAUGGCCGCAGAGUUGGGACCCAAACGUAUUAGAGUUAAUUCAGUCAAUCCCGGUUCGGUAAACACUAGUUUUGUAACUAAUAUGGGUGUACCGAAACCCCUGUCCGACAAACUGUACGAAACUGUUGGCGCCAAAUAUCCGGUCGGCCGAGCCGGUACUGCCGAUGAUAUUGCCAACACUAUCGUCUAUUUGGCCAGUGAUACGGCAGCCGGUUUUCUGACCGGCAGUAUUGUUGUGGCCGACGGCGGACAUCUGGCCGCCAAUGUUUCAUUUGAUGGCGAAAAAAAAGAUUUUAUCAAUGAAAUGAAACAAAUCAAAAAAUAAUAUAUAAUAUGAUAUACAGUAU